GGCUACCACAUCACUAGAGGGAUGAUGAAGAUGAACCAUCAAAAAACCUGCACAGGCUGCAGGGUCCCCUACUCCACAAUCCACAACGCUCAGUUCAAGGUUCCUCCAGGCUUUUUCCCCUGUCACGGCCUCUCUCGUCGUCGUCGCUUGCGUAGCUCUGUAGGAGUACGCAAGCACACUCGAAUACUACACCACCACCAUCGGUUGAUUGACAUUUGACCCUGAUUGACGCCUCUGCGACUGCACUGAUCGAUCGAUCUCUGACAUGCACCGAUCGACACGUCCGGAUCAUGAUAUCUUUUCCCUCUCUUCUUGCAUCGUCUGAUGAAUCCACAAUAUUCAUAUCCUUGCUAUAAAGCGCGGCUGCAAGCGUACGCUGCUGUCGCUGUCGCCAUUGUUCUUCAUCUUCGUCGUCGUCGUCGUCGUCGUCGUCCUCGCCGCUUGCAGUCGCUGCUGCCGCCGCCGUCGCCGCCGAUGCACCACCAUCCGUCACACGUCUUUACUACUAGCUGCAGGGCGGAGGAGCAGCAGCUGGGUGGCAUCGGCACAGCUGGAUACCACAUCGGAGAUGGCGCCAUCUUCCCUCCUCAUCAUCUUCUUCCUCCUCCCGACCUCCCGCUCCUCCGCACUAGUCCGAAUCCGAGCUCCAAGUCGUCGAGCAACCUCACCGCCGGAGGACACCUUCCGCCGCUCGCCGUCGCCGCCGCCGCCGCCGCCGCGCAGCAUGGCGUAGCGGUGGUGGGCAUGGCGGCGCACCAGGGGAUGGCGGCGGCGACGGCGGCGGACCGGUUCUGCCUGCCGAGGAUGGCGGCGGCGGCGGCGGCCGCCUCGCAGGUGGAGAACUGGGGCGACUCCGGCGUCAUCGUCAGCAGCCCGUUCACCGACGACACCUCCACCGACCUCGACGACAGCGCCGACAAGCACCACCUCCACGCUCUAGGCGGCGGCGAUGGCGGCGACGACGCCGGCGAGCAGCGAGGCGCGGAUUCCUCCGCCGUGUCCAAGGAAAGAAGAGGGGAUCAGAAGAUGCAGCGGAGGCUUGCGCAGAAUCGCGAGGCGGCGCGGAAGAGCCGGAUGAGGAAGAAGGCAUACAUUCAGCAGUUGGAGAGCAGCAGGUCCAAGCUGAUGCACCUUGAGCAGGAGCUCCAAAGGGCAAGACAGCAGGGAAUCUUCAUUGCAACUGGAGGCUCCGGCGAUCACGGGCACUCGAUCGGAGGAAAUGGUACGUUGGCGUUCGACCUUGAGUACGCGCGGUGGCUGGACGAGCACCAGCGGCACAUCAACGACCUGCGGGUGGCGCUGAACGCGCAGAUGAGCGACGACGAGCUGUGCGAGCUCGUCGACGCCGUGAUGAUGCACUACGACCAGGUGUUCCGCCUCAAGAGCUUCGCCACCAAGUCCGACGUGUUCCACGUCCUCUCCGGCAUGUGGAUGAGCCCCGCCGAGCGCUUCUUCAUGUGGCUCGGCGGCUUCCGCUCGUCGGAGCUCCUCAAGGUUCUUGCCAGCCAUCUUGAGCCGCUGACGGAUCAGCAGCUGAUGGGCAUCUGCAACCUGCAGCAGUCGUCGCAGCAGGCCGAGGACGCGCUGUCGCAGGGGAUGGAGGCGCUGCAGCAGACGCUGGGGGACACGUUGGUGUCGGCGGCCGCCACCGUGGUCAGCGGCGGCGGCGGCGCCGACAACGUCACCAACUACAUGGGACAGAUGGCCAUCGCCAUGGCCAAGCUCACCACGCUGGAGAACUUCCUCCGUCAGGCUGAUCUGCUGAGGCAUCAGACGCUGCAGCAGAUGCACCGGAUCCUGACCACGAGGCAAGCGGCGCGGGCGCUGCUCGUCAUCAGCGACUACUUCUCGCGGCUCCGGGCGCUGAGCUCGCUGUGGCUGGCGCGGCCGAGGGACUAGACUGACUAAAGAGGAUCAAUAUCAUUUGCCUGAGUUCUGAGUUCUGACGAUGGAUGGAGGUGAACCUGUUUUUUGAUUGCUGAAUCCUGAGAGAGCGUUAACUGCGAUCGGCAUUGUAAAAUCAGUUGCUUUGGUGAUGAAGCAGUAGUAGUAGGAGAAUAUUUUAGAUUGGGCUCUUGGGCCUGUAACGUGUUGUAGUGUUAGCGUAGUAAGAACUAAUCCGCGUACAAUGUCAAAAGGAGAAGUUUUAUUACAGGCCUAUUUCCAAUC